AUGAAGGAAAUGCGUGAAAGGGGUCAUCAAAACGAUUCUAAUAUGUAUCAACAAUAUGACCAGAAGUUAGCUCAAGAUCUGAAUGGACGGAACCCGAUUCAAUCGAAUGUUGUGAGUAGAAAUCUUUGGCAAAACUAUUCCCAGAACCAUCACGCAUAUUCCCAAAGACAACAUAUGAUGAAUAAACAGACUUCAGGAGCUGUUCAUGGGAAGACCCCUAUGCUGAUGGCCAAUAAUGAUGUCUUCACGAUAGGGCCUUAUCGAACAAGGAAGGAUAGACUAAGAAUUUCCGUACUUAAGAAAUAUGAAAUCAUAGGUUAUAUUGCUGCUGGGACAUAUGGUAAAGUCUAUAAGGCUAAAAGUUUGAUGCCAACUACCCCUUCAUCAGGAACAACAACAAUUUUACCAAUCGAAAACUCAUCGUUGAGCAGUAGUGAAAACAGCUCGGGUAGUAGGUCUAAUAAUAAACAAGAUUCUAAUACAUCAAAACUUGGUACUGACAAGAAGUUUUCAAGGGACAUAAAUGAUGAUAGCCUUAAGAGUGCAAGCGCUAAUAGUAUAACCGCAUCUCUUUCUGCCAAUAGUACCCAUAUUAUUAACAGUUCCAGAAAUGAUCCCAAUUUAGCAAAAAAUAGCUUGAACAGUAAGGAACGCAAUGAUCUAAAUCAAAGAAAUCAUAUAACUGAUAAUUUGAAUAAUAACAUGAUAGGGGACAGCCAUAACAGCACAGAUCAUGCCAUUACUAACUUGCAUUCACCUUCGAAGAAGAAGAACAUACCAAUUUAUUAUGCUAUUAAAAAAUUUAAAACAGAAAAGGAAGGUGUAGAACAACUUCAUUAUACAGGUAUAUCACAGAGUGCAUGUAGAGAAAUGGCUUUAUGCAGAGAAUUGACUAAUGUACAUUUAACGAGACUGACUGAGAUAUUUCUGGAAAGAAAGAGUAUUUAUUUAGUGUAUGAGUAUGCUGAACAUGAUUUGUUACAAAUCAUUCAUUACCAUUCUCACCCAGAGAAAAGAAUGAUUCCUGCAAGAAUGGUACGGUCUAUAAUGUGGCAGAUAUUGGAUGGUGUUUCUUAUUUACAUCAGAAUUGGAUACUUCACAGAGAUCUUAAACCUGCAAAUAUUAUGGUUACAGUAGAUGGUUGUGUUAAAAUUGGUGAUUUAGGUUUAGCAAGAAAAUUUUCUAACAUGUUACAGACCUUAUAUACAGGUGAUAAGGUUGUUGUUACAAUAUGGUAUAGAGCCCCUGAAUUGUUACUUGGUGCUCGCCAUUACACACCAUCUAUUGAUGUAUGGGCAGUUGGUUGUAUCUUUGCUGAAUUAAUUGGUCUUCAACCAAUUUUUAAAGGUGAAGAAACAAAAAUGGAUUCAAAAAAGACAGUUCCAUUUCAAUCGAAUCAACUUCAAAGGAUUCUAGAAGUCCUCGGGACGCCGACCCCAAAGACAUGGUCCAACUUACAUAAAUAUCCAGAGUAUGAACAAUUUUUAAAGUUUCCCAAGUUCAGGAAUAAUCUACCUGCAUGGUACCACUCUACAAGUGGCAGAGAUAAGCAUGUAUUGGAUUUAUUAUACAAAUUAUUAGAGUACGACCCAAUUAAAAGAAUCGAUGCCAUUGAUGCGCUAGAUCAUAAUUAUUUUGCAAACGGAGAUUAUCCUGUUUGUGAAAACGUCUUUGAAGGUUUGAAUUAUAAAUACCCUGCAAGAAGAAUUCACACCAAUGACAGUGAUAUAAUGGAUCUAGGUAUACAUAGGAGUAAAAAUUUGAAUCCACAACAACAAGCGGUGGUGAACAACUCUGCGGCUAAUACCUUAGGUGGCCUUGGUGUAAAUAGAAGAAUAUUAGCAGCUGCGGCAGCAGCUGCGGCUGCCGUCACGGGGAAUAAUUCCCAGGGCAAUUCUCGAAACCAGGAGCCAACUAGGAAGAAGAGGCGGUAA